GGUACGCUGCGCUGCACAGCCAUGCUCCGUAUAGCCGGGACCAGCUCAUAAAGGGUCAAGUGCGGCCGGUACCCGGACAGGGUGACGUCACGAGUGAGACGGGGGGUUUGACGUCACGAUCUGGGGUCACAGGUUCCAAUUCUUCAGUUUCUCAGCUACUUGCUUCACUCAGCCAUUUAACUCCUUGCUUCCUCUCUCUGUGGUACUGGGGAAGGCAUCUGGCCUUCCCCAUUGUAUAAGUUCUUUAAACAGACCAGAUAUGGCGGAUCCAAUCAUGGAUUUAUUUGAUGAUCCAAAUCUAUUUGGCUUGGACUCUUUAACAGCAGAUUCUUUUAGUCGAGAUGGGCCGGACACAAUGGAUGAAGCAUUGGGCCUUGGCAGUGUUCUGGGGCCUUUAGAGCAGCUUACAACGGACAGAACAGAUCCUAGUAUAUUGCCCAGUACUGAUUUAGGUGUGCAUCGAACAGAUCCACCAGUUCUUCAAGAUGCUCCUAUUCCAGUUUCCACAGCAGAACCAGUUCUAUCCUCUCAGGUGACCACAAAUCCAGAACCUCUAAGCCAAGGGAACCCUUUUAUGGGUACUUCAAGUGGAACAGGGGCCCCAAAAAUUAUGAUCCUGAAAGCACCUGCAGGAAUGACUGUGAGUGGUUGCCCUGUUACACAGAUACAGACUCUGACUCCUGGCCAAGCAGGUAAUGGUGGAAAAGUGACCUUUGCCAAGGUGCUGACUGGGACUCCUUUGCGACCUGGAAUGUCUAUUGUAUCUGGGAACACUGUGCUUGCUAAAAUCCCUAACCAAGCGAUUGGCGGACAAGCAGGUGGAGUCAGACCUGUUCGCCAAUUGCUGCUUCAACCUAUGCGGACUACAACGACCACUGGAACAGCUGAUGUUAGCACAGGUGUGAAACCUGGAGUGACUUUGACCUCAGCACCUCAACAGGGUGAGUCAAAGCGAAUUACUCUAGUGUUGCAGCAGCAGCCAGCCCAGGCAGGUUCAGGAGUGCAACAGGGGCAACGUCAUGUUUUGCUAGGUGGGCUUCCAGGAAAGAUUGUCCUGCAAGGAAACCAGUUAGCAGCAUUGACUCAAGCUAAAACUCCUCAAGGACAGCCUGCCAAAGUGAUGACUAUUCAGCUACAGGUGCAACAGCAGCCAGGGGUUGCAGGCCAGGCACCUCAGAAGUUCCAGAUUUUGCAACAAGGACCAGGAGGUCUGACUAUUGCACCAGCUGGGCAGCAAACACAUGUUUUUAGUCAGCAAGGCACACAAAGGGUUUCUGUCCCUCUCAAAGUUGUUUUGCAACCACAGGCUGGCUCAUCACAGGGAACCACACAAGGAUUGUCAGUUGUAAAAGUCUUAAAUGCAAGUGAGGUUGCAAAUUUCACUGCUGGUCAAACUUUGGUCAAAGUUGGAAAUUGUACAGGUGGUGAAUCCCGUAAGCUGGACCAUCAGAAGAAGCAGGAGAAAGCGAAUCGUAUUGUGGCUGAGGCAAUUGCCAGGGCUCGAGCCCGUGGUGAGCAGAAUAUCCCCCGUGUAUUGAAUGAGGAUGAGCUGCCACGUGUCAACCCGGAAGAUGAUGAUGGGAGCAGUAGGAAGAAAAAGAAGAAGAGGAGUGAACCGGGGGAGAGGUCUAGCAGUGAUAAAAACAAAAAGAAACCAGGGAGCGGAAGCUCAAGAUCAAGAAGUAAAGCUAAAGCCAGUACAAUUACCCCCAUUGUUGGGAAGAAGAGGAAGCGAAACCCAUCUUCUGAUAAUUCUGAUGCCGAGUUGGUCCCAUCUCAGGCUUCUGCUGCAGAAGAAGAGGAUAGUGUUCAGAAGAGACGUUCAAAUCGCCAAGUCAAAAGGAAGAAGUAUACUGAAGACCUGGACAUUAAGAUAACAGAUGAUGAAGAUGAUGAAGAAGUGGAUGUUACUGGGAUUAUCAAAACUGAGCCUGUACUACUACCAGAACCCACUCAAAUUCCAGACAGUGAAGCAGUACCAUCAAUGCAAUUUUUUGUAGAGAACCCAAGUGAGGAAGAUGCUGCAAUAGUUGACAAGAUCCUGUCAAUGCGGUUGGCAAAAAAAGAGCUUUCUCCAGGAAUUUACAUUAAUGCUGAAGAAUACUUUGUUAAGUAUAAAAAUUACUCCUACUUGCAUUGUGAAUGGGCCACUAUUCAACAGUUGGAAAAGGACAAACGCAUACACCAGAAAUUGAAACGAUUCAAAACUAAAAUGGCACAAAUGCGACAUUUCUUGCCUGAUGAUGAGGAGUCAUUCAACCCUGAUUAUGUAGAGGUUGAUCGAAUUCUCGACGAGUCUCACAGUGUUGACAAGGACAAUGGGGAGCCGGUGGUUUAUUAUCUAGUGAAGUGGUGUUCGCUACCCUAUGAAGAUAGCACAUGGGAACUGAAGGAAGAUGUAGAUGAAGGAAAAGUUGAAGAAUUUAGACGCAUUCAGUCCCGGCAACCCAGCCUUAAACGCGUGUCCCGUCCAGCAGCGACCUCCUGGAAGAAGUUGGAGCUGUCACGCGAGUAUCAAAAUGGGAACCAACUGCGGGAGUAUCAACUAGAGGGUGUUAACUGGCUGCUCUUCAACUGGUACAAUCGGCAAAAUUGCAUCUUGGCAGAUGAAAUGGGUCUGGGGAAGACUAUACAGUCUAUCACAUUUCUUCAGGAGGUGUACAACAUGGGUCUGCGGGGACCCUUCCUAGUAAUUGCUCCACUCUCCACCAUCACUAACUGGGAGAGGGAGUUUGCCAGUUGGACACAAAUGAAUACAAUUGUUUACCAUGGCAGCCUGGCUAGUCGGCAAAUGAUUCAGCAAUAUGAGAUGUAUUGUAAGGACUCCAAGGGGCAUCUAAUUCCUGGAGCCUACAAGUUUGAUGCUUUAAUCACUACCUUUGAGAUGGUGCUGUCUGAUUGUCCCGAGCUCCGUGAAAUCGAAUGGCGUUGUGUCAUCAUUGAUGAAGCACAUCGACUGAAGAACAGAAACUGCAAAUUGUUGGACAGUCUGAAGCACAUGGAUCUGGAGCAUAAGGUGCUUUUGACUGGGACACCUUUACAGAACACAGUGGAAGAGUUAUUCAGUCUUCUGCAUUUCCUGGAACCCACUCAGUUUGCCUCUGAAUCAGAGUUCCUUAAAGAUUUUGGAGAUCUUAAGACAGAAGAACAGGUUCAAAAAUUGCAAGCUAUACUGAAGCCGAUGAUGCUGAGGCGACUGAAGGAGGAUGUGGAAAAGAACCUUGCACCAAAGCAAGAGACUAUCAUUGAGGUGGAGUUGACCAAUAUUCAGAAGAAAUAUUACCGAGCCAUCCUAGAGAAAAACUUCUCUUUUUUGACUAAAGGAGCCAGUCAAUCGAAUACCCCUAACCUGCUCAACACAAUGAUGGAAUUAAGAAAGUGCUGCAACCAUCCCUACCUCAUCACUGGAGCUGAAGAAAAGAUCCUUUCUGAGUUUCGGGAAGCAACCCCAGUGAUUCCUUAUGACUUUCACCUGCAGGCUAUGGUGCGCUCCUCUGGAAAAUUAGUGCUCAUUGACAAGCUGCUGCCUAAGCUAAGGUCUGGAGGCCACAAAGUUCUAAUCUUCUCUCAAAUGGUGCGUUGCCUUGAUAUAUUGGAGGACUAUCUGAUACAGAGAAGAUAUCUGUAUGAGAGGAUAGAUGGUCGGGUCCGUGGCAACAUGCGUCAGGCAGCCAUUGAUCGCUUUAGUCGUCCAGAUUCAGACCGUUUUGUGUUCCUGCUAUGUACACGUGCAGGUGGCCUUGGGAUCAAUCUUACAGCUGCAGAUACCUGCAUUAUCUUUGACUCUGACUGGAACCCUCAAAAUGACCUUCAGGCACAAGCAAGAUGUCAUCGUAUUGGCCAGAGCAAAGCAGUUAAAAUUUAUCGUCUCAUAACCCGAAAUUCAUAUGAGAGGGAAAUGUUUGACAAGGCCAGUCUAAAGCUUGGCUUGGACAAAGCUGUGUUGCAGUCAAUGAGCGGCCGAGACAAUCACAUGAGUGGGCCCAUUCAACAAUUUACAAAGAAAGAAAUUGAAGACUUGCUAAGGAAAGGAGCCUAUGCAGCUAUCAUGGAUGAAGAUGAUGAGGGUUCCAAGUUUUGUGAGGAAGAUAUUGACCAGAUUCUGCAGAGAAGAGCCACAACAAUUACUAUUGAAUCAGAGGGGAAAGGCUCCACUUUCUCAAAGGCUAGUUUUGUUGCUUCUGAAAACCGAACAGAUAUAUCACUGGAUGAUCCCAACUUCUGGCAGAAAUGGGCCAAGAAAGCAGAUUUAGAUCUGGAUCUUCUCAACAGCAAGAACACCCUUGUAAUAGACACCCCCCGCAUCAGAAAGCAGACUCGACACUUCAGUAAUAAGGAUGAUGACAUGGUGGAGUUUUCAGACUUGGAAAGUGAUGAUGAUGAUCGGCCACGAGCUCGAAGACAAGAGAGAAAGCAUGGCUAUGGGCGCACUGACUGUUUUCGCGUGGAGAAGCACUUGUUGGUAUAUGGCUGGGGCCGCUGGCGGGAUAUACUCACUCAUGGUCGCUUCAAACGUGGGAUGACUGAGAGGGAUGUGGAGAGGAUAUGUAGAGCAAUUCUUGUGUAUUGUCUUCUUCAUUAUCGGGGGGAUGAGAACAUCAAAAGCUUUAUAUGGGACUUGAUUACCCCAGCAGAGAAUGGAAAAGCCAAGCAACUACAGAACCAUUCUGGCCUGUCUAUCCCAGUCCCCAGGGGCCGCAAAGGAAAAAAAAUAAAAUCCCAGAGCAGCUUUGACAUACAUAAAGCAGACUGGAUUCGCAAGUACAACCCGGACACCUUGUUUCAGGAUGAAGGCUACAAGAAGCAUCUAAAACACCAGUGCAACAAGGUGCUACUGCGGGUCCGUAUGCUGUAUUAUCUCAGACAGGAAGUCAUUGGGAGCCAAGCCAUGAAGGUCCUGGGAGGUGUGGAUGCCAAGGAGAUUGACAUCUGGUUCCCUCAGGUAGAUCAGGUAGAGGUGCCAUCCAUGUGGUGGGACAGAGAGGCUGACAAAUCUCUUCUUAUUGGUGUCUUUAAACAUGGGUAUGAGAAGUAUAAUACUAUGCGUGCCGACCCUGCCCUCUGUUUCCUGGAUAAGGUGGGAGGACCUGAUGAGCAAGCCAUUGCAGCAGAGCACCAUGCUCAGGACUAUGCUGAGCUGCCUGAGACUGGAGACUUCGAUCGAGAUAUAGAGGAUCCAGAAUACAGACCACUGCAUGCUCAAAAGGAUCCUGAGGAUGAGAUGGACUCACUAAUGAUGGACGAGGAAAUAUCUGUUGUAGAUGGUGAAGAAGCAAUACCAAUGCCCAGUGGUAUGUUCUGGCCCCCUGGCUCUGCUCUAACUGCACGUCUCCGGCGCCUUGUUACGGCCUGCCAGCGCAGCUACAAACGCGAGCAGCUAAAGAUGGAGGCUGCAGAGAGAGGUGACAAGCGCAGAAAGCGAUGUGAAACUGCUUUCAAGUUGAAAGAAAUUGCCCGCAGGGAGAAGCAGCAAAGGUGGACACGUCGGGAGGCAUGUGACUUUUUCCGCGUGCUGUCCAGCUUUGGAGUGGAGUAUGAUCCUGACACACAGCAUUAUGAUUGGCAGAGGUUUCGCAGUCUGGCACGGCUGGACAAGAAAACAGAUGAGUCUCUUGUGAAAUAUUUCCAUGGAUUUGUGGCUAUGUGCAGACAAGUGUGCCGUUUGCCUCCAGCUGCUGGGGAUGAACCUCCAGAUCCAUCUCUUUUUAUUGAACCAAUCUCAGAGGAACGAGCCUCGCGAGCCUUGUUCCGUCUGGACCUACUGCGCAAGGUGCGAGAGCAAGUGUUGUGUCACCCUCUGCUCCCUGCACGAUUGUCACUUUGUCGACCGGACCCAGAGCUACCAGAGUGGUGGGAAAGUGGACGUCAUGAUAAGGAGUUAAUUGAAGGGGCAGCUCAAUAUGGGUUAAGCCGUACAGACCUUACACUUAUGCCAGAUCCUUCUUUCACUUUCUUGCGCUGUCGGCUCAACUACCUCCAGUCCAGGGGCAUGACUGGGCUUUCACGUCCUUCUACUCCCACCACUGUUCCUCCACAGCCUCCCAUAGACCUUCAGCCUUCACAACUCCUCUCUGUAUCUUCGUCUGUUAGUUCCUCUCCUGCUCCUCGCAGAUCCUCAUCCUGUUCGUCUUCUGAUUCAUCACAUAACUCAGAGGACUCCUCAGAUGAAAGCAAUGAGAGUAGAGCAGCCAAAAUAAAUGCAGGUGUACCUCACUCUCACCUCUUUGAAGAUGAGAGUCGGAUUUCUCUCACUGGAUCACCGGCUGACCUCACCACAGAGGACAGUGCACAGACCACUCUGGAAACACCACACAGUGCAGAAUGGCCAAAGGAUCGGGUUCUCAUCUGCCGUAUUGAACAAGUCUGCAAUGCAGUGCUAACUGGAAAAUGGUCAGCCCCGCGGCAGAUUUCUGACCCACCUAGUGACAGUGCAGACAGCAUGUCGCCCACCAGAGAAGAACAAAGCCCUGCUCCCUUCACACAUAUACGCCCAUCGCCUGACCCCAAGGAAUUUACCAUCAAAAUAAAAAGUGAGGAAGGUCUGAAGAUGAAAUUUCAGAAACACAAACUUCUUGGCAAUGGAGCACUGGAGUCCACACACCAUGUCCACAAGAAGAAAAGUAAAAAGAAGUCCAGUCAGGUGGAGCAUGAUAUGAAUGCCAGAAUUCCAGUGGUGAAUCAGCGAGAUGGCACCCUUUUGUUAGGAGACGAAGCUCCCCGACGUUGUCAACUUCAUGAAUGGUUAAACAGGAAUCCAGACUUCACAGUGGACCCUCGCUAUAUAAUGUUCAUGGAAGAUCGCAGAAAACGCAAGAAACACAGAAGCAAAAAAUCAAAAUCUUCUGCAUCACUUGGGAGUAGCAUGCAACCUCCACAUCAUCACAAUGGAAAGAAGUCUUCUGUUCCAGAGAGUACAUUUGAUGCCAGACACCUCCCAACAGCUGCUAAAAAGAGGAAGAAACGUCCUCCUUCAAAAUUAAUCCUCCCAUCUUCGCUACAUGGAGCUGGUGACUCUUCUCAUUCCUUUCCCUCAGACUCUCGGCCUGAGCCCACUCCUCAGUCCUUGCGACCUAUGUACGGGGGAGCAGGAGCUGCAAUACUUCACUCUUCAGAACUUGGAGGGUUAGGAUUACCCCGUUACCACCAACUGCAUGCAUCUUCUACAGGACGGAUGCAAGGAUCCCAUUUUAGCGAUGAUUUACCUGGCUAUGAGCCUCCCCAGCGACACUUACCUCUCAUUGAUGACCCCAUGAUGCCAGCAAACUGUUCCUCCAGUGAUGAUGAGCUGGACAGACCCUGAUGGAAUUCUCUGCUGUGGGGGACCAUAGACUACAUUACUGAGAACCUGGGCCAAAAUCCCUCUAGAAAGACGACUGUUAACACCUUCUCAUCAGAAGCCUGUUCUGUUUUUCUUUUUCCGUCUAAAGAUUUACUGAUGGGGUUUUUUUUCCAGCCCAAAGUCCCUGGAUCCUCUGCAAAGGAUUCUAGCUGGAUCAUUAUAGACAAGUAAAUAAGGCUCUGAAAUUUUUUUUUUGUUGUUUUCUUUUUUUACUUUUUGUUUUAUAUUAUAAAUUAAUAUUAUUAACUCUGUUGCUGGCACAGAAGAGGUUCUGGGACAUUUUUUGAGACGUCUUACAGUGCAAUGAGGCACUUCAGGGUCUGUAUAACAAUAUUUUUGCUCCAGUUAGGGAUCUCCACUAUUCUCCUAGCACUGGUGUGCAUAACUCCCAUAGGUCACUUGGUGUGGGGGUGUGGUGAUGAAGAGGUGUCGCAAAACGUGGAGGCACUGUACUUGUCUGCAUAAGGUUCAAAGCUUUGCAUAGCAGAGUUGAUGCAGAAUGAUUUCUGUGGGUGGGUAGGGACAUUUUCUGUCUUUGAGUACAUGCGGGACCUGUCACUGAGGAGCAGGUGAGUGCAGAGAGUAAGGUGCUCAUUGCAACCACUCUCCCUCCUUGGUCAUCUGAAAUAUGAAUAAAUUCCUUGAUUUAAUAUAUUGUCUCUUGAAAUAAACUGAUAAACAGGCAUCACUUUUCCUGUUUCAUAGAGCAUUGAGCCCCAUUCAGAUUCCUUGCACAAAUAAAUGAAUGCAGGCUGAAUUAUUCCCAAUGCCAUUUUUUUUUUUCAAUUAAAUAUCACAUGAAUUGAAAUAUGCGUUAUGAAUGCCUUUUAUUUCUGUGUAUGUAAUGUACAUCGAACUGUGUAAUGUAAACGAAACAUGCACCAAGCAGCCGCUUACCUAUAAUGUAUUUUCAAUUGUGUCCAAUAAUCUACACCGAGCUGUGCAAAUAAAUGCCUAGCGCAAUUUGCCAGAGCAAA